CUAUCCUGCCAACUCUCCACCGAUCCAUAUUUCGGUAUGAUUUCCCCUUGGCCCGGGUGAGAACGCUCAAGUGGGCACGUUCUGUGUUAUCGCAUGUCCACACGAGCGCCCUGCAGAUUGUUUGCUUGGUAUUUACUGUAAUACAUAACCUACUACCUUCAAACCUUCGUACGAAGCGCAGUCCGAGGCCACCCGCUAUCUUCUUUUCCUCGACUCUAUCAUUUUGACUUUCUUUUACGACACCUGCACAUGAGAUUUCCCAAUGCGGUUAAGAACUGUGAUAGCUUUUCUCGGGGCCUUCGUGGCUGCCGUUCAUGCUCAGAACCCGCUUGAGGCUCUGGCGGCACAUAUGCCCAAGUGCGCUCUGGCAUGUUUUAUGGAAGAGCUUCCCAAGUCGACAUGCGCCACGGACCUGACCUCGCAGUGCUUAUGCACCAACACUGCCCUCAAUCUUGCGGUAGCCGCCUGCUCGCAGAAGACAUGCACGAUAUAUGAGCUUAUGCAGACCAAGAAUAUCACUGAAGCAGGUUGCGGAGUACCUGUUCGCACCAAAGGUGACUCUUUCAUGGCAAUUGGCAUCGCCGGAGCUGUUGUGGCUAUACUAUCCUUCAUACUGAGGAUGGCCGCUAGCAUAGGCAAAAAAGGCCGACAGGUAUCAUGGGACGAUUUGACGAUGUUCAUUGUUGUUUUGAUUGCUAUACCUCCCGCGGUCUUUACCCAUUUCUUGGUCAAAAACGGUCUGGGACGAGAUAUCUGGACACUCAAAGCUGACCAGAUCACAAACGUUCUGUUCUACUACUUCCUGGGAGAGAUCUUUUACGUGACUGGCCUCGGCGUCUCCAAGAUCUCGAUUCUCUUCUUCUACCUUCGCGUCUUUCCGGCCAAGAGCUUUCGAAUCCUUACUUACAGCGUCAUGGCCCUCUGUGGAGUCUACACCAUCGUAUUCUUCGUCGUCACUCUGAUGCAAUGCCGGCCCAUUAGCAUGGCUUGGGAUCAAUGGGAUGGACUCCACGAGGGCACAUGCAACAACAUUCAUCUCCAAGGCUGGAUCGCGGCCGCUAUCAACAUCUUCCUGGACGUUGUUGUGAUGGCGCUCCCGAUGAAACACUUAGCAGCGCUGAACAUGGGUAUCAAGAAGAAGGUCAUGGUCAUGUCCAUGUUUGGUGUCGGUAUCUUCGUCGUUGUCAUCUCGGUCAUUCGCUUGGAAUCCCUCAUCCACUUCUCGAAUACGCAAAAUGUCACAUGGGACUACGUAGACGCCGGUCUAUGGAGUCUUAUCGAAAUCGACGUUUCGAUCGUCUGCGGAUGCAUGCCUGCUCACCGGCUAUUGAUCGCCAAGUUCUGGCCGAAGAUACAGUCGACAGUCGGAGCAAGCAAAGCCCUUUCCACGAAAGGUUCAAAGUUCAACAGUACCAAUAACACGACGAUCAGCUCUACGGCCCCCGAGAAGUCAGUCCGUCUCUCCAUAAAACCCAAAGCCAAGGACGAGAAUAACUUCAUUCCGUUGGACGACAUGGACGAUAACAGCGAUCGAGCCAUGUUGACGAAACGCGACGCCGAACGAGACUCCAGGGGUUGGAUCGUGGCAACGCAUGAAGUGGAAGUCACCCACAGGAAUGCUUCGGUGGUUACAGAGAACGCCAACGAUGGUAACCCCAAAGACUGGAACAAGCCUCCCACGAUGGGAAAAGAACAUGUAUGAGCCUUUCCAGGCGAUAUUGGUGUUACAGCUUCUUUAGCAUGGACACAAACGGAGUACAGGCGUCACAACCAAGGAUAUCCUAUAGACCGUAUCUUCAGAGAAAUGUAUAAUGUACUAUGUCUUUUACAUACUU